AUGGCUGAGAUUGCUUCCGUUUACCCAACAGCUGGAGGUCAAUAUCACUGGACGAGUAUUUUGGCACCAAGACGUCUUAGUCGUGGCCUCAGCUACUGUUGCGGUUCCAUCAACUUUUUGGGCUGGAUCGCAAAUGGUGCGGGCUUCAUCAUUCAGAUGCCUGUCAUUAUUCUAUCACUUGCGGCAUAUCUCGACCAGACAUACAUGCCCGAGACUUGGCACAUUUUCUUGAUUUUCCAGGCUUUUAAUGUUGUAUUCACUGCGUACAACAUUUUUCUCAUGAAACGCACCGCCUGGAUCCACGAUGUUGGAUCUUGCGCCGGGCUUACCGAUUUUGUAGUCUUUCUGUCGCUCGCCGGCUUCUUUGUUAUCACCGUCACAUGUCUGGCACGUUCGAAACACAAGCAGGAUGACGCCUUCGUCUGGACCACGUUUGUCAACGAGAGUGGAUGGUCUUCGAGUGGAAUUGUUUUCUUGACUGGGUUGCUCAACCCUAACUUCAUCUACUCAGGUCUCGAUGGUGCCAUCCACCUUGCAGAAGAGUGCACGAAUGCGUCCUCUGCGAUACCGAGAGCCCUUAUAUCAACAGUUACAAUUGGCUUUGUUUCGGCUUUUACAUUCAGCGUGGCUAUGUUGUAUAGCUUCACUGAUUUCGAACCGGUGUUGUCAUCGCCGUAA